GGAUACAACUAAUUUGGUGGGAUUAAAUAUGCGAUACGAUGGCCAGUGCGAAAAUUAUCAACCAGAGAAUGAGGUGCUUGUCGCGAAAUGGGACAAUCGACGAACCUGUUCUGCUUAUGUGCAAUUUUUAGUGUCGGGGCGGUGCCCGUUACCCAAAACUUCACCUUAGAAGCAAGUGAAAGUGACAAUGUUUUAAAGUCUUGUACUGAAGAUGUGCCGAAACAAGUGGGGAAGCGUUCGACGAAUGUCGCAUCAAUUCCUAGCAUGCUUACGGAAUGUGAAACGCCGAAUGGUAACCUUGGAUAUUGCGUUGGAAUCAAGACCUGCCCAAUCCUAUUAAAACAACUGAAAAACAGAGAGGCGUGGCCGUUCUUACGCGCAUCAAGUUGUGGGCUAUGGAAUGAAGACUCCAGCAAUCCAAAAGUGUGCUGUGGAAAUGACGAUAAUUUCAGAAAUGUUAGCAAAGACGUCGUGGACGACGACGUUUUGCCGAAAUCUUGCGGCCAUCAAAAAGUAUUUAUUGGUAAUAGAGUACUUGGUGGUAGGGAAGCUUCUCUACACGAAUUCCCUUGGAUGGCCCUUCUUUUGCACAAAAAUCGUUACGGAAUUACGACCCUUGGUUGCGCGGGGUUCUUGAUACAUACCAAAUACGUGAUAACAGCAGCCCACUGCGCCCAUCCCUAUUCUAUUGGACGUAGAGGUCCCAUAGUUUCGGUUUUGCUUGGAGAACAUAAUACUCAAACAUCCACUGACUGUUCGUCUUAUGGAUUUGGCUGUGGAAAAGCUACUCAGAUUCCUAAAGUUGCCAAAGUGACUACACAUCCUGAAUAUGACCCAAUGGAAAUAGCACAUUACAAUGAUAUCGCCAUAAUACGAUUAAAAGAAAAUAUUCGUCUGACAGACUACGUUCAGCCCAUUUGCUUGGUAAAACACGAUUCUCAUACUCCAACUAGAUACCACAUAAGUGGUUGGGGCAAAACCGAAAGUGGUACAAGCAGCAAAGUAAAAAUGCACGUAGAAAUUCCUCCAUUCGACAAAAUGACUUGCUCACAACUAUUCUUUAGAACAAAUAUAAUCCUGAAGAACACCCAGAUUUGCGCGGGAGGCGAAGAUUUAUCAGACACCUGUUCCGGAGACUCGGGAGGACCGCUGAUGACGUGCACUGAUGAUGGAAUUUGGUACGCCUCGGGCAUCGUGAGUUUUGGGAUAGGUUGUGGGUUGAAAGGUUGGCCAGGAGUGUACACGAACAUAGCGAAGUUCCUGCCUUGGAUUAAAUCUGAGAUAGCGCAGGAACCAACGUGACGACACGGCGCGGCGUUUACUCUCCUAUCGUUUCUCGCAAAGCCAGAGGGUUUCCACUGGUUGACAAUUUCCGAACUGGUUCGAUUGUUGUCGUUGUAGACUUCUUAAGGUUUCAAGAGACAAUUUGUUUUUUCUUCAGAAGAAACUCUGACACUAAAGAGGGGGUAUAGAAUAUAUCCAUAGACUUGGAUAAUAUUGUAUAGAAGAUUCUUAUAACAAAUAAUUGCGAACAGAUGAGGCAUUUGGGAACCGGUCCGUUUUGGAUCGUUAGAUUCAGAAAAUAUAAUAAUAAUCCGAACAAGAUAUAUGUCUUUCGAAACGUUAUGAAGUCCAAAGUGAUGUCGUAUCAACUAGCCCGGAAAUUGUUCGACUGUUGACAACUGCAAACCAAAUUAAGGUUUUUUUACUAACUAUGCAACAUUAUCUUUAUAAUAAAAUUACUAAUUCACA